GCUGAGGAGUUGGCCCAACCGAAGCAACUUCAAAGAAAUAAUGUUUACGAACGUCUUCUUGUCUAUGCUGAUCCUGUUUGCUGGAAGCACUUGGAGUCUACCACUUUCUGGAGAGUCCAAGCAAGGUCAAAAUGUUCAGAAAAGGUUUUUAAUAUUUACAACCAAUCCACCUACAACAGAACCAAUACCAACUGAUGAACCUGAUUCAGCAGUAAAUAUUACUGGUCAUUCCUUCCGGGCACAUCUCCUCCAAGACAUAGAAGUGAAUAACAUACAGUCCCUGAGACUAACUCUUCUAACCACAGGAAAUCCUAGUGGCUAUGAGAUAGGCUCAUUAGUUGAUCUGGCAAGUGGUUUCAUUACUCCACCAGUUGACGGAUUGUAUUACCUACAAGCAUCUGUCCAGUUGCGUGUUACAUCAGAUCAUUUUAACUGCUCAGAUAGAAUUACGGUGGCUUUCUGUAGUGGACAUUGCGAAAGUGCUACAUCAGAUAAUGUAUGGUUGUACUAUACGUCGCAGAUACUUACUGGAGAUAUGACAGUAGUAGCCUCGGGCAUUCUUCAGUUAAAAGCAAACCAAAGAGUUACCGUUCACUUGUUGCUACCAAAGCAUUUGAAGAUUAAACUCAAGUCCUCGUCUACUGUGAGUGGUACCCUCAUCGUCUAAUAUAUGGCAACUGUAAUAAAGA